GCCGUUUUCUUGGAUCGCUUCUGUGGUGAUGGCUGCUCUUCACGACGUUUCCUCUGCAUGAAACUUUGGCAGCGUUCAAGAGAUGAUGAUGGUCUUCGGCUUUUUACCGACUGUGCAAGAAGUGCAUUAGGAAAACGGAAUUUGUUUUUAGAAGAAAAGGAAGGAAUAUCCACAAGUCUUCUCUUAUUGACAGACUUUAGGCAGUACUGGGCGCGUGAUAUUUGGCUUUCUGGAAGCGAGUGGAACGAGAAGCGUGACUUUUUCCUCCAUGGCUUCAAAAGAAAAUGGCAAAACUCCACGAAAUGGGGUGGGUGGUUCUCACCGUUUAACUUGGACAACGCCAAACUUGCAAGUGAAAUGACAACGAUCAAUUGUGCGAAAAGCGGUAGCCAAGCUAAAAACUUUUGGAAAUACGAAUCAAGAUUCAUUAUAAGUAUGGAGAAAUUGGAUACAAAGUUAUUUGCGCAUGUACGAGAGAUGCGAAUGCAACAAAUGGAUUACUGGAGGAGGGUAGAGGAGUAUGCACUUGAAGAAUGGAAAGAUGCGACAACAACUCUCUAG